UGGAAGAGGAUCUAGCAUUGCACAGCUUACACAACCGCGACGAGAGCGUCUCUGCAGCAGUGGCAACGGUGCAUUUCGAGACCGGACAGUCUAUGUUCUCUGCCCCCCCCCUCCACCACCCCCCUCUGCACUGCCUCUGCAUCCCAUUCAACCUACUCCUCCCACUCCACCUCUUCCUCCUCCUCUUGACCACGGCAUCAUUAGGCAAGAUCACGGAUUGUUCCGGACCACUGGACACUCUGGCUCAAACCGUCUGGCCGUUCAACAUCCACACAUCGGUCAACAGCUGGAUUCUAAUCUGAGGGACGGAGAAUGACCAAAGCCCAAGCGAGCCUUGGAUGUCUGUGACGCUUUCUGCCGGUGUUGUCAUUGGAGCGUUUCCUUUAUUUGGUUGGCUGUUUUUGCCUUUUUCUGAGACUGUCAAGCAGGCACUGCAGCAUCAGGACUGCAGGAGCCGUGAAGCAGUAGGACAUGAGGACCUAGGGGCAAUCCAGCGGAAGGGCUUGAGCUACCGUCGCUGCCACUGUUGGUGCUGAGCUGAGCGAUUGGGGACAGCAGGUGGAAGAGAAGAUGCUUAUGGCCCGUGACACGGCGCGGGACGAGGCCCAGCGCCUUCACAGGAAGUGGCUGAAGCACCAGGCCUUUAUGGCAGAGCUGGCCCGCAACAAAGAAUGGCUGGCCAAGAUCGAGCAGGAGGGUCAGGAGCUGAUCCUGGAGAAGCCGGAGCUGAGGUCGGUGGUUCAGCAGAAGCUGGAGGAGAUCCGCGAGUGCUGGUCCGACCUGGAGAGCACCACCAAGGCCAAGGCCCGGCAGCUGUUUGAGAACAACAAGCCCGAGCCGGCGAUGAAGAGCUUCACGGACCUGGACACCCAGCUCUCCCACCUGGAGCAGCAGCCCCCAUUGCUGGAGCAGGCACACCACCUGCCCACCUUCAACGAGCAGCUCCAGAAAUUCCAGACUAUGGAGUCCCAGAUAGGGGACUUUUAUAAGGACGUUGGGGAGCUGGGAGGCUUUCAGGGGGUAAGCCUCCCCCAGCGAGGCCUCAUGAUGGCCGACGAAGAAGGGGGCGAGCAGUCAGGCGUGGUGGAGACGCGCAUCGUCCGCCUCAUCGAGCCUCUCAAGGAGAGGCGUCGCAUCCUGCUGGCUUCCAAGGAGAUGCACCAGGUCGCCCAGGACCUGGAGGAUGAGAUUCUGUGGAUCCAAGAGAGAAUUCCCCUGGCUUCCUCGAAGGAUUAUGGGAACAACCUUCAGAGUGCACAGCAGCAUGUGAAGAAGAACCAGACGCUCCAACGGGAGCUUCAAGGACGCAGGGCGCGCGUGGAGGAGGUGCUGGACCGGGCGGGCAUCAUCGCCUCGCUGCGGACCCCCGAGGUGGACUUUGUGCGCGACGGGGCGGGGCACGUGCGCCAGCUGUGGGAGGUGCUACGUCUGGAGGCGGAGAGGCGGUCGGUGUUGCUCGACGCCGUGCUGCAGGCGCAGCAGUACUACAGCGAGGCGGCCAAGGUGGAGUCCUCGUUGGCGGUGCAGAAACUGCGUCUCAUCAACGAGGACAAAGGCACGGACGAGGCGAGCACCCUGCAGCUUCUGAAAGAGCACCUUUCUCUGGAGCACACGGUGGAGAACUACGCCGAGGCGGUGGGCUGCCUCUCUCAGCAGUGCCAGCGACUUCUGGAGCUCGGACACCCUGAUAGUGAGCAGAUCACCAAGCAACAGGCCCACAUAGACCGGCUUUACGUGUCUCUGAAGGAUAUGAUGGAGCAGAGGAAGACCAAGCUGGAGCAGCAGUACUGGCUCUUCCAGCUCAAUAGGGAAGUGGAGGAUCUGGAGAAGUGGAUCACGGAGCGCGAGGCGGUGGCCAGCUCCACUGAGCUGGGGGAUGACCUUGAGCAUGUCACGAUGCUGCAGGAGAAGUUCAUCAAGUUUUCCUCCGAGACCAACGCCCUGGGCCAGCAGAGGAUGGAAUCGGUGAACAAGAUGGUGAAUGAGAUGAUCGACUGCGGCCACGCGGACGCCGCCACCAUCGCAGAGUGGAAGGACGGGCUGAACGAGUCCUGGGCCGACCUUUUGGAGUUGAUGGAGACUCGUGGACAGAUGCUGGCUGCCUCGCACCAGCUUCACAAGUUCUUCACUGACUGCAAAGAGGUCUUGGCUCAGAUCGCAGGAAAGAGGAGACAACUGCCAGAGGUGAGGGCAUGCCAAGCCAGCAUCGCUAACCCCGCCACCCUGCAGAGGCUCAUGCACUCCUUUGAGCACGCCCUUCAGCUGUUGGUUUCCCAGGUGAGGCAUCUGCAAGAGAACGCUGCCCAACUGAGGACCAUCUACGCUGGGGAGAAGGCCGAGGCCAUCAUGACCAAGGAGCAGGAAGUGAUGCUGGCUUGGAAGGAGCUGCUGGUGUCCUGCGAGGCCAGUCGCGUGCAUGUAACCUCGGUGACGGACAAGGUGCAGUUUUUCUCGGUGGUUCGAGAGCAUCUGAUGUGGAUGGAAGGCAUCAGUGGCCAGAUUGGGGGAGAUGAUGCCAGAGAUGCUGCCGCUCUCGAGGGGAUGGUCAAACAGCACCAGGAGCUGAAAGCCAAGAUGGACGGCCGCAGCAAGACCAUUCAGCAGUGUGCGGAUCUGGGCAAGAUACUGCUGGCCGCAGGCAACCCUGCAGCCGACGAGAUAAAAGAGAAGUUGGACAGCCUCCUGGCAAAGCAGAAGGAGCUUGCUGAGAAAUGGGACAAACAUCAGGAGAAGCUUCAGUGCAAGCAAGAAAUGUUCCAGUUUGCCCAGGAGACGGUGAAGGCCGAGGCCUGGCUGAAGGCCAAGGAGCCCCUCAUCACUUCCAGGGAGGCCGGCGGGGGAGAGGCCCAGGCCCAGACGGAUGAAGUGGAGCAGCUCAUCCUCCGCCAUGAGGCCUUUCGCAAGGCUGCGGUCACAUGGAAGGAGCGCUUCAGCUCCCUGCGACAGCUUUCCAAUGCUGAGAAGAAGAAGGAAGAACUGAUCAGGCCCACCCCACUCUCCAGCCGAAGGAUGUUCCCCUCAUCCUGUCUCACUCCAAGUGUUGCCCCUGCUACCUCGUCUCUGCUGAGGCAGACAGUUCAGGUACAUAUUGAACCCAGGCCCAAGCAGUCCAGUCUGGAACUAGUUGCUUCCCCUGCAGCCUCGAGAUUGGGUCCAACCAUGGCCAGCUACUCCCCAGUCAUGAACGGAUCAGGCUACCAUGGACUGGACCAUCAGAGCACUGGUGGGGUGGAUAGUUCCGGUUACCUUGGUAUCACCCAUCAGGCUGGAGGAGGGGGAGACAGUCCCAGCUACCUUGGACUGAACCAACCGAGCGCCGGAGGGGUAGAUGGCUCAAGUUUCCUCGGGAUGAACCAGCAGACUGGGGGAGCUGUGGAGAGUUCCGGUUAUCUUGGACUGAACCAUCAAAGCAGCGGAGGCAUUAGUAGUUCGGGCCAUCUGGCACAAAUUCCUCCAAGUAGUGGAGGUAUGGGUAGUUCAAGCUACCUGGCACAGCAUCAAAGUAGCGGGGGUUUGAGUAGUACAGGCUACCUUGUACAAAAUUAUCAGAGUGGUGGGGGUAUGGGGAGUUCCAGCUACCUGGCGCAGAUACCGAAUAGCGGGGGAAUGGGUAGCUCUGGAUACCUAGCGCAAAAUCAGAGUGGUGGAGGAAUGGGUAGCUCUGGAUACCUAGCGCAAAAUCAGAGUGGUGGAGGAAUGGGUAGCUCUGGAUACCUAGCGCAAAAUCAGAGCGGGGGAGGAAUGGGUAGCUCUGGCUAUAUAGCUCAAAACUACCAGAGCGGUGGUGGCAUAGGCAGUUCAGGCUACAUUGCGCAAAAUCAUUAUGGCAGUGGGGGAGUUGGUAGUCCUGGUUACCUACCUCCAAGUGGGGGGGUCAUGGACCCCAAGAUGGCAUACGCGUGGCAGCAUCUAAAGGCUGAUUGCAUGCAGCCCCGGAUAAAUCACAUCCACAAGGCCGUAAAUCCCCUCUUGGAGGCCAGUCGGGCGCAGAGAGAACAGUUCGGGGACAUCCCCAUGAUGGACAUGAUCGGGCCGGAGUCAAGCCUGGAGCUCCUCCACGGCAGGCUCCAGAGGGACCCCCGCGGCAGCCGCUCCGACCCCCAGAUGGACCACCUGAGGCGGGAGAGGGAGUACAAGCUGGGCCGCCAGACCUCCAGCGAGCAGGAGAUCCAGGCGCGUCUGAAUGAGCUGCCCCUGAUCGUGCGCCAGGAGCGCUACCGGAGACGUCUGGACAGGCAGUCGUCGAGCGAGCAGGAGGGAAGCGGGAAGCAGAGGCUGCAGAGGCAGGACUCGAGCGAUAUGGAGUCGGCCAAGGAAGGCUCCGACAAACGUUCCGGAGAGAAGAGAUCCACCAUGGCAGAGAUUGUAGAGCAGAUCCAAGAAAGGGAAGCAGCACAAGCUCGAGGGGAGCCGUUAAGACCGUCCAGCAGCCUCUCAGCCCCCGUGACCCGCUACGAGCGCCCUCGCGCCCGAGACCGGCCCAAACCCCGGAGGAGACCCCGUCCGAAAGAACCCGAGGAGACUCGGCGUUCCCGCUCAGCGCCGGCCCAAAGUGCCCAGGCGGCUAACCAGCCGCCCUCGCACACUGCCCACAACGUAGGCUUCCUGUACCGCAAACACGACUGUGAGGGCCAAGAAAAGAGUCCAAACAGUAAGACCUGGAUGAACCUGUAUUGCGUGUUAUCCAAGGGAGAGAUUGUGUUCUACAAGGACGCAAAGAACACCACCACACCUUACAACGGAGAGGCCCCACUCGACUUAAGCCUCUGCACAUGUGAUAUCACUAACGGAUACAAGAAGAAGAAAUAUGUCUUCAUUCUCAAAAAGAAUGAUGGAAAUGACUAUAUAUUCCACGCUAAGGAUGAGGAGGACCUGAAAACGUGGAUAAACAACAUCACCACCAGUAUAAGCGAACACGAGGAGAUCGCCAAGUGGGAGAAGCCCACCACCUCGUCAACGGAUCCCGACCGGUCGGAAAGGAAGGAGAAAUCCGAGGGCGACGCCGACGCCAGGUCAGAGAGAUCUGAGCUGGGAGUGGAGGAGGAGGAGAGGUCCGAGAAGGAGAGGUCAGAGAAGGCCGAGGGCUCCGAAAAGGCAGAUACAUCCGACAGGGGGGAAAGAGGAGAGGGAGGGGCGGGGGGCUCCAGCACGUCAGGGAAGAGCAAAUAAGCAGAUUUUUUUUGUUGUUGAGUGGAGGACAGCUUCCAUCCGUCUGUCCGAACCCAUUCUAACUUUACCCUGUGACUCCGGCAAGCGGAGAGCGGGAGAGAUGAAGGGAGAGUGUGUACAGGUAUGUGCAUGUCUUCUCUCGGUCUAUCCAUGUUGCUGAGCUGUGGCUUCCUGGGACUACCUGUUAUUACUGUGACAGACCACUAGUUCAGCCCUUCCCCCUCACCUAGGCGAUAUACAUCAUUAUGCCCCCUGCUGGUAGGUUGGAGGAUGGCCAGAGAUGGACCAGCGCCACCAUGUGGUCAUUGGAAUUAGUCAAAGUCACUUAUUUAUUGAUUCACAGCAUCUUUACAUAUAUACAGUAUAUAUAUAUGUAUACAUAUAUAUAUACAGAUGUAUAUACACCUAUGACGGAUAAUGUAAUGCUCUGUCUAGAAAACCCAAGCAGUGGUGAAUGAAAUGCCUCACACAAUUAAAAAAAAGAAGCUUUUUUCUGAAGCAAUAUACUUUUUUAUUUAUUCUCUUUGUUUGAGAGAGAGAGAGAAAGGAAACGAGAAAAAGUUGCAAUUGUAAAUUAUAUGAUUUGUCACCUUCAUCAUAGCUUGCAGUUCUACACUUUCAAACCUAUCUGUGUAUGCUAAUCAUGUUGAUAUUUUUAAAAAAAGUCACGCGGCUAGUUCUUAUCCAUGAUGUCACAAUGGAAUGCUAAUACUACUCAGUUGAGUUAAUGGAAUAAAUCAACACAUGUUUCUCUUUAUAUUUUUGGGAUUAAUGGCCAUCUGGCCCAGGUCAGGAGAAUAGAUUUAACCAAUGUCUCUAACCUCAGAAACACUCAAUAACCCCCGAGCUAUUUAAGAAUGCUCAACAACACUUGUCGUUUUAGGCCUGUGUGUGUGUACAUCACACUUAUUAUAUCAGAAGAGCCUGGCAUGAUAUAGUCUAGUAUAGUGCACCUUUUACACGUAUGCCUUCAUGUCGUGAGAAGGACAGUCUUGAAUUUAGACUGUAAUAUAAAAAUGGGAGAGAGGCAUUUUUUUGCUGGGGUCUUUGCUUUAUCUCUGCAGUAAACAUGACAACCAGAGGGUGUAUGAGUAAAGUUUGAUCUGAAAGAUAAAUUUAAACACUAUUCUUGUGUUGUUUUUUUUAAUGAUAUAAUUGCAAUAUAUUUUAUAUGGGUGGUUUGGAAAAGUGAGAAUAUAGUUUGACAAAAAUAAGUUCACCAAAAAUCUGACAAUGACUUCUCCAUCCCAUUCUUUUUCAUUUGAAGACUAAACCAAUUGGACUUUAGUUAGAGGAGGGUUUGUGUAAAAAUAUUCUUGAUCCAGCUGUUGAAUCUUUGUAUGUAUACACUACCAAUUCAUCAUAAUUACACUCUGAUGGAAAAUGGAAAGGUUAUCUGGACUUAAGUGGGUUAAGAUUUAAAUAUUAGUAUUAAAAAUGAAAAUGAAAUUCACAAUAUUACUGUUUAUACCAUUAAAAUAAAUAUGCAAAUUAGGAGUGACUAUUAAAGGUUUGUGUAUACACAUACACCAGUAUCAAGUGACAUUUUACACAUGUUUAACAAAGAAAGGCAAUGCAAUUCAUACUGUUGGUAUGCUUUAUUUAUGUGCUUUUUUCUCACAUGGUUUGCUAGCCAUUGUGCAGGAUUUUAUUCCUAUAAUUCCUUUGGUCCUGUUAUACGACUACUUUUUAUAGUUUUGUGAGUAGUGUAUUGUAUUUCCCUUUCCGUUUGCUAACCAACAAGCUCCAAUAAUGACAAACAUGAUCUAGGUAGUCUGAAUAUGGAAGAUAUGGAAUGUGUCAUGCGAAACCAUUUGAAUGAUACUUUCAGUCAGUGACCAUGAAUGUGACAACGGCAAUUCACGUUAUAUUGUGUGCUUCAGUCUAAGCUGACUUAAAUGGUUAAAAAGAGACCAUUCUACACCAUAUUGCUCCAAGUUAACAUAAAGAGGAACAGAAAAUGUAUUUUCAAUCAGCUAUUUGUAUUGUCCUUUUGCUGAAUGUAUGUCCUUCCUGAAUGAAGUCUUACUUGGCAGUACAUUUGUUUUACUGUAUGGCCUGUAAAGAGAAAUAUACUUCUUUGCCAUUGCUGUUAAUUAGCCAACACCACCAUUAAAGUACUUCUCUAACUACAGAUCAGAACAUUACAUUAAAAAAUACAAAAUAAUUUAUUGUUUGAUUAGGCAUAGAUUUACUGUGAACAUAAAGCAGCAUUAAGCCCUGGACUUCCAGGCUGGUUUAGAAGCCAUUUUGUGAUUUUGUGUUUUAUUUUAUGAAAUACAGUGUGACAAUGUACCUUUAGAAAACCUACAUUAUACCUUGCUGCUAUGACAUUGUUUCUCUGUGUAAACCUUCAUUUCUGAUGCAAAUUUGACGUAAAAGUUAAUGUAUGUGACGCAGACUCAUCUACGGAUUUGUGGAAAACUGAUGUAUUCUAGAUAGUAAUACAUACUAUGGGAGACUCGUCCUGGUGUUGAAUUCAUUGUCUUAACCUGCUUUCAGUGUCUCAAAAAUCUGAAGUGCUUAACAUGAGCAAGACAAUGUGAGUGAUUCAUGUGGCGCUUAGUUGAUCUCUGCUUUCAUUACAAUGCUUGCGUGAUCAUAAGUUAGCGUUGUUGAUUAUCUGUGGUAGGAAUUAGAAAUCAUGAACCAUCUGACCAGCUCCAAAUGCUCCAAUUCCAAUUUCUAAGCUUUGGUGCUUUUAUCAAAUGGGAUACAUUUUAAGAGUCACAAUUCAGGUGUUACACUCCAAUAUACAACAGGCAUGAUGACAUCAUUAUGCAUUAAUGCAUACAGCCUCAAAACUAAAUGGUUCCUUGUAUUUAACGUUUGUUGUCUCCUCUUUGCUUUUUUAUCAUUUGUAUAAAGAAAAGAAAUGUCUAUGUCUUCCACACCUUAUAAUAUUCAUAAAGCCAUCUUGGAAUGGUAAUGAACGUAAGUUCUGUAAUUAGGGAAGCAAGUCAAUGAUAGAUGUCAACUGAAGGGCUGGUCUUUUUAAAAACUGUAUUUCUGUUUAGAGGCUAUAACGCGUGAAAUCAGUAAAGCUCAAAACAUUUUGCUUGUGUACAGUAUGUCGGGACAAAUAAAGUGUUUUUAUGCUGUAUUCUGUAGCCCUCUUAUAGCGAUCAACGAAACACUAAAAAUCAUCCCAGCAAACUCCCAAUUCUCCACAGAGGUGCGAGUAUAUAUAUACAAAUAAUUGAUGAUGUGAAAACGAAAAAUUCAUGCAACUUUUGUUUUGCACUAAAGCACUGCCCCAUUGCACAGUGUAAAACGCUAGUGGUGACGCAGGGUCUAUAAGACAUAUACAUGUAUACAGUAUUGCACAAAGUCUGCACAACUCAAUGUAUGUCUUUUGAGAAUGUACAUUUUAAUUCUGAUUUGUUUAUUGAAUUGACUGGAGUAACAUCUGCCAAUAUCUGUCUGUUGAAAUAUGAAAUAUGGUAAUGUCUCAUAAACUCUGUUCAUCCCUUAAUAUUGUCUUUAUUAUAUGUUUAUUACAUUUACACAAGUGUCCCAGGAUUUCAGAAUGUGCAGAACUGAAUCCAAAUGUUUCCUUGCUCUGUCAAAUUAUCCUAUCUAGUCUUAAUUUGAUUCUUAUAUUCAUAGUACAUUGCUUCUUGCAUUUACAAAUCCAUUUGGGAACCAACAUUGAUGCCUUUUCAUUGUGGUUCUCAGAAUAACAGUUUCUCCCCUUCCACUUUUCCAUACCCCAAUAUUUUUUCACCCCUAGCCCACCGUUCCUGCAAACUGUACAAAAUGGAGUUAGAUUUAACCCAAGGCUCAAAAGGAGAAGACCACACCACAACUUCCAUCAGCCAUCCAAUGACGAAUCCUUAGUGACAAUCAGUCGAAUACAUCCAUCACACACCUGCUUCACGUCAUGUACAACUCAGCAAAUCACCAUGACUACAGCCAUGUUCUCUCUACCUGUCACGUGUCUGUUUGUGCUCUUGUGCCCUUCCCUCUCCCCAUCUCCUAUUUGACUCUCCAGCUCCUAUUUGACUCUCCAGCUCCUAUUUCUGCGAUCCAUGCACCUCAGGAGGAUCUGCCGAGGUCCAGGAGACUCAGCUGAGACCAUAGGACUCAUCUACUGUGCCCAAAGUAUUCUGAUUGGACC